GCAAAGGCGAAUUGUUAGAAGAAGAUGAUCCUAGACAAGUAAGAUUAGUUCGAAUUUGAAACAAAGUAACACUAUAAAACGUUCAUAAGUUAGUCUUAGUCGGCUUCACUUUGACCCCACAAGAAAAAAGAUGCCUGCUCCGUCCACAACAAAAGAGUUCGACAUUUCAGCGCACGUCCCUGCAUGCAUUGGCAAGUUCAAUCGCAUUGAGGCAGCUUCCGCACAAGGAUGCUGGGUUACGGAUACAGAUGGCCGGCGGUAUCUAGACCUGUCCGCUGGAAUUGGUGUGCUGUCUACCGGCCACUGCCAUCCUCGCGUUGUUGCGGCUGCCCAGGCGCAGGUGGCCACAAUGAUUUUAGCACAGCAAAACUGCAUUUUUACGACUGAGGUUCACAAGAACUUAGUGCAGAAGCUGCUGAGCAUCAUGCCUUGUGAAGAAGCAGCGAAAGAUGUGGCGAAUGCGACUGAUACGACCACUGGUGAAGCUUCUAAAGACGUAGUACUCGAAAAAAUAACAAGAGCACCUUCACCGCUAAGCAGCUUCUUUUUUUGCAACAGUGGUGCCGAAGCGAUUGACAACGCCAUCAAAGUUGUACGAAUGGCAACGGGCAAGCAAAAUGUGAUCGUUCUCACAGGAGGCUAUUAAGGGCACCGUCAACCCAUCUCUGACAGAAUCUUUGAGUCGCCAGUUGCUACGUGCUGAAAGAUGUUUGCUCUAUAAAAGAUGGGCUGUGGGUACCUCUAAGGCUACCAUGGGCGCACUAUUGGCUCCAUGGCACUCACCAGCUCGAAGACGACUUACCGUCGAUGCUUUGGUCCUCUCAUGGCGGGCGUUCAUUACCUCGAAUUCGACCCCGAAAAUGGCAAAAGCAAAGUCGUUCCUCCUUUGCACUCCUUAACUGAUGAUAUGCAAUCUUCUGCAUCGACCGAGAGUACCACGACCAGCGACUCUGGGGCACCACAUGCACAUCAAGAACAAGACCCUGGUUUCACGAAUAAAAACACACCAGGAGCACUCAAGUCUGGUGAAGAUGAACAAUUGGCGGCUCGAUUGAUAUCGAGAUUUGAGAUGCUGCUAACACAGCAGACGGAUGCUCUGGAAACAGCGGCUGUGCUUUUGGAGCCAGUGUUGGGUGAAGGUGGUAUUCUCAGAGUGCCCCACACUUUCCUGCGGUAUUUGCGCAAGCGAUGCGACGAACUAGGCUUAUGAACAGGGUUCGUUGAAUAAUGAAUUUAGCAGUACGGAAGAGUAGAACAUGGAGGAUAUGGAUUUUUCCUAUGUAUGUCUAGAAAUACCUACUCCAACUAUGUUCACUUAAGUACUCAAUGCCCUCGUCUUACUUGCUUCACGAUUUAUGUUUGCUGUUGCUCAUUUCUGUAUUUGUACUCUCGUAGAAGUGUAUCGACUACAACUAGCAGCUCAGUACCAAAUCCUUUCAUACAACAUCAUGCUCGUGCUCGACGAAGUGCAGUGUGGCAUGGGCCGUACUGGAACCUGGUGGGCCUGUGAGCAAGCCAAUGUCUGUCCAGACGUAUUGGUCUUCGCGAAAGGCAUUGCUAGCGGUUUUCCUCUUGCAGGUCUAGCACUCCGAAAGGAGAAAAUAGUCGACAAAUUGUUACCUAACGCGCUGGGUGGAACCUACGGUGGGCAAGCCGUGUGUCUGGCAGCUGCAAGUGCGACCAUCGACGCGAUCCGAGAUGAGGGUAUGCUGGGAAAUUUAUGAAUUUCAUUUGUAAUCAAUAAUUAUUAAAUUUAAAAAAUAGUUAUUCAAUGUACAUACGAUAAAGUCUUCACGUAAGUACUGAAUAAGCUGCGUGCAAGCACUAAGACAUAAUUUUGACUUUCUGCUACUUCCUUGUGCGAAGGGGAAAUUCGCACGCAAUUUCUGGAACUCACCUUUCAUUCUCUGCAUGCGAGCGCGGAGGCGAAAUCGCGACUGGACUUCGGGCGCUAGAGAGCAAGCUCAUCUUGGGCAUUCGCCAAUAUGGGCUUUUCAUCGCGGUGGAUCUGGCCCCAGACUUGGUCACGCCACAAGAGAUUAUUAGGUGCGCUGCUGCGGGGUGCAGUGCUGGAAACCAAAGUGAAAAUUCUAAGACCUCCAACGACUCCGACGCAAAAAGUGGGGACAGCGGCCGCUUGAUAAUGAUUCCUGGAGGACGCAAUGGCUUAAGGAUUACGCCUCCGCUUUGCAUCUCAAAAGACGAGGUCUCAUAUUUCCUCGACCACUUUCGUCGACUUCUUCAGGUGGUUGAAAAGAGUAAAUAGAAGAACAUGUACAUGCCCUCGUUUGAGUAGAAGUUUGCGCGGAGGCGGAGCUCAGUCGAUUAAUUUGUUUCUUUUUGUUGACUUGAUAGACCAGCAUAGAUUUAGAUAGAGAUGGACAGUUUUGUUAAGAAAUACUGCAACUCAUACAAAGAAAUUGAAAUUGAUGGUUCCAAUUUUUGACAACUUGUUUCAUAAUUUUUUAAUGUAAAAAAAAAGGAGACGAGUGGACGUCAAGCAAUUUUGUUUUCUCUUGCUUCUGCAUGCAGUCAUUGAUUGCGUGACACUAUGACCACGAUAGAUACAAAUAGUUUCCUAGCCUCGGCCAUAUAUCCUGAUUGAGGCCUGUGAAUCUUUGACUCUACGACAAAAUGAUAUGCUUUCUACAAACUUACUAAUAGAGCGCAGGAU